AUGAUCACCGAGUCAAUAAAAAGGGUAAACGGGUAUGAAAAAAAUCCCUAUACAUACUACCCUUCUAUUAUUGUCGGCGCUAGAGCGUCCGGCAUCGCUGCAGCAUGUCAAUUGAAAGCCCAACUCGGAUUCGAUCAGUUGCGCGUCUUUGGCCGCCAGACUGGAAUUGGAGGGACUUGGUGGAUCAAUCGGUAUCCUGAUGUUUCUUGUGACAUACCCGCAAUAUUCAACUCCUUCUCCUUUGCCCAAAACUCUAACUGGAGUUCCUUUCACCCACCCGGCAAGGAAAUCGUCCAGUACUACAACGAUGUGUGCGAGAAAUAUCAAGUCACCGAGAAAUUCGAGCUCAACACCGACAUCCAGAGCUGUAGAUGGCUAGACAACGAAGCCCUAUGGGAAGUCACUCUGUGCCGCCUAGUCGCAGGCAUGGGUGACAUCUCAUCCAAAGACCCCAUGAAAAUAGUGCAAGAAAAGGGCAAGCAGGCAGUAUAUGCCGAGACGCAAGUCGUAAAAGCAAAAGUAGUACUGAGCUGUGUGGGCGGCCUAGUGGAGCCCAAAGCCUUUCCCAAAAACAUCAAAGGCAUCAAAACCUUCAAAGGCAAAAUCUUUCACUCUGCACGAUGGGACAACACAGCCAAUCUUACAGACAAAAACAUCGUAGUGAUAGGAUCAGGAUGCAUCAGCACACAAGUCGUGCCUCCGCUCCCUCACCCCCCUUACAAAGUCAAAUCCGUAACCCAAAUCAUGCGAUCACCACCCUGGGUCGUCGCCGCCAUUCCACCUCCCAGCGGCGACAAGUGGUGGAGCGCAAACGCGCCCUGGCUAAUGCGCACCAUACCGGCCCUCCAACAAACCAUCCACUUCACCAUCUUCUACAACCUCGAAAAAAAACUUCUUCCAAAUUUUCCCCAACAGCCCCUUCUCGCUGGCCAUGCGCGCGAAAUACUAGGACUGGCUCCUCGACCACACGCGGAAGACUGCACCGAGGAAAUACUGGGACACACUGACGCUGGACUACGCUUACGGACACAGCCUCUGAGUAGAAUUACUGAGACGGGCGUCGUUGUCGGACUAGGUGCAUCGUACCCGGCGAAUGCAAAGAAGGCAGACUAUCCUGAACGCGAGAUCCCUGCUGAUAUCAUCGUUCAUGCCGACGGUUUCGACACAACGCGAUGGUUGCAUCCGCUUAAAGUCAUUGGUAAAGAGGGAAAGGAUAUUGUCGAGGCCAUGGAGGAGAGGGGAGGCGCCCAGGCGUAUCAGGGCACGGCUGUGGACGGGUUCCCGAAUUUUAUGAUGAUAUUCGGACCCAAUACUGUGACUGGGCAUUCCAGUGUACUUAUGGCGAGUGAAAACAUGGUCAAUUACUCCAUCAACUUCAUCCGUCUAAUCCUCACCCAUGACGCCCGCACUUUCGACGUCAAUCCCGAGACCGAAAAGGCGUACACGGCCCAGGUGCAGCGUGCGGUCGACAAUACCGUCUGGAAUAGCGGGUGUUCGAGCUGGUAUUUUACCGACAAUGGCUGGAACUCGACUGUGUAUCCCUACUCGCAAGUCUUCUUUUGGUAUCGUUGCCUGUUUGCCAAGUGGAGUGAUUGGAAUAUUGAGUACACACAUGAAGGAUUGGUUAGGAUGAGAAUAAGGAGGAUGCUGAGGAUGUCGGUGUCGCUGAUCGUGGUUUAUGGGGCAUGGAAAUUGAGUCUAUAUGAGUUGGGGUUGAGGGAAUGGAAGUAUCUUGGCCGCAUUGUAGCGCAGGAUUUCAUACAUAAUGCUAUGCAACUUGGUGAGAAGACAUGGAGUUCAAUUCGGCAGUAA